GUAUCUCUCUCUCCGGCGUUUUCUUCGACAACAUCAUCGAAACUCAAGUCUCUCUCUAAGCUCUGUGUUUACUUUCACUUCGUCACACACACACACAUCACAAGAACUCUCUGUAGGUAGUGCCAUCUGACUCCUCCCAAAUGUCUUACCGUCUCCGGGGAGUAUGAAGAUUGCCGUUAAACAGGAGCCUCCGGCGACAUUUUCGGCUACCAAAGCUUUGAAUACGCUACCGGGAUCGGAUCUCAACUUCUCGCGGAAAUCCACACUUCGCAGGACCCGGAACCCGAGCCUGUCCCGGUUGAAGAAAACUGGUGCUCCAGUAGGGAGACGGAGCCGGCCCGAGACGCCGUUGCUGAAAUGGAAGACGGAAGAUAAGGAGAAAACUGCCGCUGUUGAGGAUGAGGAGCUGGAGCGUGACCGGAGAGGUCGCGGGAGAAGUUCGAAGGUGGUAUCGGCGAGGAAACUUGCCGCUGGCCUUUGGAGGAUGCAGCUGCCGGAGACGGACGCCAAUGGUGCUGGGGAUAGGAGCAGGGAUCGGUUAGCGAUUCAGCCUGCUGCUAGUCAUGUUGGUGUCUCAUUCAUAUCUCGUCGAAGAGGCAAAGCAUAUGAGGAAGAGCCAAAUGAUCCAGUAGGGAGCCCCUGUUCUGUAUCUAACACAAAGAAAGGAUUCUUACAUAAGCUUGAACCAGCAUUUCAGUUUUCCAACCCUCUAAUGGAGUGCACGACAAAGUGGGACCCUGUUUCUUUGGAAACAACAGAUGAGGUGCGUCAGAUAUAUGGGCAGAUGAAGCGCUUCGACCAGCAAGUGAGUGCUGUAUCGGUGGUUUCUGCACUUGAAGAUGAAGUGGAGCAGGCUCGAGCUCGCAUUCAGGAGCUGGAGGCCGAACGCCGGUCCUCUAAAAAGAAACUUGAGCAAUUCCUGAGGAAAGUCAGCGAGGAGAAGGCUGCAUGGCGUAGUAGGGAGCAUGAGAAAAUCAGUGCAUUUAUUGAUGAUAUGAAAUCUGAUUUUAGUAGAGAAAGGAAAAGUCGUCAAAGGUUUGAAAUUGUUAACUCCAAAUUGGUUAAUGAGCUAGCUGACGCUAAGAUAUCAGCUAAGCGAUAUAUGCAGGAUUUUGAGAAGGAAAGAAAAGCCAGAGAAUUGAUAGAGGAAGUCUGUGAUGAGCUUGCUAAGGAGAUUGGAGAGGACAAGGCUGAAGUUGAAGCAUUCAAAAGGGAAUCUAUGAAACUUCGGGAGGAAGUAGAUGACGAAAGGAAAAUGUUGCAGAUGGCUGAGGUUUGGCGCGAAGAACGUGUGCGAAUGAAGUUAGUUGAUGCUAAGGUGGCACUUGAGCAGAAGUAUUCUCAAAUGAACAAGCUUGUAGCAGAUUUAGAAACUUUUCUGAGGUCAAGAAAUGCACCUCUAGAUGUGAAGGAAAUGCGAGAAGCAGAGCUGCUUCGACUGGCUGCUGCAUCAAUUAAUGUUCAGGACAUCCAGGAGUUUACAUAUGAGCCCCCUAAUCCAGAUGAUAUCUUCUCUGUUUUCGAAGAUGCCAAUUUUUAUGAACAAAAUGAAAAGGAAAUUGAAGGCCGUGCAGCAUAUAGUCCUGUCAGCCAUGCUACGAAAAUACGUACAGUGAGCCCCGAGGUCAAUGUGAUUCAUAAGGACAGCAUUCAGAGAUAUUCAAAUGCAUACAAUGAUCAUAAUGAGGAAAUAGAAGAAGAUGAAAGUGGGUGGGAAACUGUAAGCCAUCUUGAUGAUCAGGGAUCAAGCUAUUCGCCAGAGGGGAGUGCCAUGUCUGUCAAUAAGAAUCACCGAGACAGUAACGUAUCUGGGAGUGGAAUCGAAUGGGAAGAAAAUGGAUGUGGAGAAACACCAAUUACAGAAAUCAGUGAAGUCUGUUCAAUGCCGACUAAGCAACUAAAGAAGGUGUCGUCCAUAGCCAGGCUUUGGAGAUCAGGCACAAAUAAUCUUGAGAACUACAAAAUAAUCGCUGUAGAGGGAGUAAAUGGUAGGCAUUCAAAUGGAAGGAAAUCUAGCGCAGGUAUUAUUUCUCCUGACCAAGGGUCAGGUAAAGGUGGCAUUAGUCCCCCUGAUUUGGUGGGCCACUGUAGUUCUCCCGACUCUGGAAAUCCCCACAUAGCAAGAGGAAUGAAAGGGCGAAUCCAAUGGCCUCGCAGUGGGCAGCAGCACAGUUUGAAGGCAAAGCUUAUGGAGGCAAGAAUCGAGAGCCAGAAAGUCCAAUUGCGUCAUGUACUUGAGCAGAAGAUCUAGAUAACUUAUAAUGCUAGAUAAUUAAAAAAAAAAAAAAAGGCAAUUGAUCAAAUGAGAAACUGUUAUGUAAUCAUUGCUUAUUCUGGAAUUUAAAAUGAUAAAGGUUAAGCUUGUUCUUGGCAGAAACUGGAAUGAGUGGCAUUCUCAUCUUCUGCAUU